AUGGCCGAGCCCAAGGAAGUCACAACACAGUAUGCAGUGGCAAAGGCUAGCACAAUCUUGACUGGACGAAAACUUGUACUCGCCCACAUUGGGUUCCUUCUCUCGGUCCUUUGCUUCUCACUGGACCAGACUAUCGUCACAACUGCACUACCUAAGCUCGCCUCGGAGUUUCGCGCCCUCGAUAGACUUCCCUGGGUUGUGACAGCGUACCUAUUGACAACGGCCGGCUUGAUGCUUUUUUUCGGUCAAAUUCUCACAAUUGCAAGAGCGAAAUGGAUCUAUGUCACCUGCAUUAUCAUUUUCGAAUGUGGCUCGAUCGUCUGUGGUGUAGCGAGGAGUAUGGACGUUUUGAUUUUCGGACGUGCCGUUCAAGGAGUUGGAGCUGCGGGCAUGUUUACAUCCAUCAUCACCAUACUGUCCCAAAUUACCGACUUGAGCACCAGACCACUACUCUUUGGAACGUUCGGAGCUGUGUUUGGUUGCAGCAGCGUACUUGGUCCAUUGCUUGGAGGUGCCUUUACCGACCAUGUCACCUGGCGAUGGUGCUUUUUCAUUAAUCUCCCACUCGGUGGCCUGUCUCUAUUGGCAGCACUCGCAUUCCAACCAAAUACAUUACCGCCAAGAAAAUCAUACUACGCGUCGAUGACGACAUUCCAAAAGUGGGCCUCGUUGGACUGGUUUGGUGGUGUUCUCUCCCUGGCAUCCAUCAUUUGCCUUCUCCUGCCAUUGCAAUGGGGAGGAGUAACCAAGCCUUGGGAUGACAAGGCUGUCAUCGCUCUCUUCGUCACCUUUGGUGUAAUAUUCAUUGCAUUCAUCACCUGGGAGUAUCAUAAAGGGGAGAGAGCGAUGCUUCCAUUGUCCCUUCUGAGGAAUCGUACUCAAGUCGGUGCGAGUGGAGGCGCCUUCAUGGCGAGAAUCGCCUUUCUGUCUGCCACCUACUAUCUCCCGUUCUACUACCAAGCAAAAGGGCGCUCAGCAAGCCAAAGCGGUAUCGACGUGAUCCCUUUCAUGCUCAGCAUUGUCCUCGGCAGCCUCAUUGGCAGCACUCUUGUCAAACGGACGGGCCACUACUGGACGCUCCUCGUUACCGGCCCAUUGAUUGGUGCAGUUGGAGCCGGGCUCAUGUUCACCGUUGAUGAAACCACUCCAACUCCCAAGCUCAUUGGCUAUCAAAUCCUAUUUGGGAUCGGAUCUGGCCUGGCCGUUCAACUUGCGAUGCUCUCUAUUCAAGCAGAGUAUGCAGAUAGGGUCUCACUUAUCCCUCAAGCCUCUUCCUUCAAUCAAUUCUGCCAGAUGCUCGGGGGCGCCAUAGGAGUCGCAAUUGCCGGGACUAUUUUCAGCAAUCAACUCUCCAAGAAUCUCGACAUCUAUGCUCACAGUCUCCCACCAAAUAUCAUCCACGGCGUUAAGCAAUCAGUCACUGUAAUCUUUGAAUUACCUCCCGAGAUGCGUGCUGCGGCGGUCAAAGCAUACAUCAAGUCGCUCGACUAUGUGUUCAUCCUAGCUGUCCCCGCUUGUGGAGUUUGGGCACUCCUUGGGCUAAUGGUGCGCAACUGGAAUCUGAAGCGCCGGGCUGAGGAGACCGGGUAUCGCGGCGGUGUGCAGUAA